CGCACACAGCAUCUGCUCUCUCCUCUUCUCUCAUUGGACCGUUGCCUUAAACUUUGGAAACCAGUCUCUGUGUCUUGCGCUUUCAGACAUCAGCACAGAUGUUUUCGGUUUGACCUCCUCCUCCGUCUCGUCUGGAUGCCCCCACCCAUUGGUGCCUGAGGAGAAGGGGAGGAUGGACACAGACGCGAUGGACGUACACCCAGUGGUGUGAUUUUUUACAGACAAACUGUAGGCGAUAUUUAGCAAUGCAGCAGAGAGGAGGAAGAAAGAUCACCUCAUCUCUUCAUCAAACCCUGCGUCAAGCAUGCCAACCCAAACCUGGUCUCCACUGCAUUCCUGCUCAGUACUUAACUGAAGUCUUCAGAAGAUGCUGAGGAAGAUGGUGACAAUGAGGAGGAUCCUCCAUGUGAAGGGAGAUGUGAUGUGCACCAUGCUGCUCCUGGUGCUAUUCUGUCUGCUGCUCUAUGCCCGCCAGGUGGUCCUCUCCUCUGGGUGGGACAGGCCUGUCUGGAAGCUGGAAAUCCAUGGCUCUAACAGCUCCAGCAGGACCUUGCUGGGCGCCAGCGGGACCAAAGUAGGCCAGGAGUCUCCAGGGCAGAUCCCAUCCCGCCCUUCAGAGUCACAGCUGCCUCCCUGCAAGCCCCAAUCCAAGUCCAGACCUCCUCAGCCCAAGUCCAAACCUCAGGUCAAAUCUAAGGGGAAAUCCAAGACGCGGCGGAAAAAUGCUGUGCCGACUAAGACCGCUGGCAAGCCCCUGCCCACGAUGCCACCAUUUGACUUUGAGGGCUAUCUGAGAGAAAAGGACAACAGGAACUUUAAGCUGCUCAUAGACCAGCCAGAGAAAUGUCACCUCGGAGGAGCAGAGGAAGAACAAGAAAGAGGAAGUGAAGGGUCUACUACUGCUCCUUACAUGCUGAUUGCGGUGAAAUCUAUCCCUGCAGAUUUUGAUAAACGUCAGGUGGUACGUCGGACCUGGGGUAAAGAGGGACUCUUUAAAAACGGUGUGUCCAUCCGUACCGUUUUCCUGCUGGGGGUUCCCAGGAAUCGGACUGCUCUGCCUCUGUGGGAUCGUCUCUUGACCUACGAGAGUCAAACCUUUAGGGAUAUCCUGCUCUGGGACUUUGAAGACACCUUCUUCAACCUGACGCUGAAGGAAACCCAUUUUCUGAAAUGGGUUAACAGCAGCUGUCCUCGCGUCAAAUUCAUCUUCAAGGGCGACGCCGAUGUGUAUGUUAAUGUGGAGAACAUACUAGAGAUGCUACAAGGACAAAAGCCAGACACGGAUCUGUUUGUCGGUGAUAUUAUUAUCCAUGCUAAACCCAUUCGCCGGCGCAGUUCCAAAUACUACGUGCCAGAGUUUGUUUACGGAGGGGGUUUGUACCCGAAUUACGCUGGGGGAGGAGGGUUUGUCAUGUCGGGACAUACGGCUCGCAGACUUAGCUCUGCCUGUCAACAGGUGGAGUUGUUCCCCAUUGAUGAUGUCUUCCUGGGAAUGUGCCUCCAGCUGAUCGGCGUCAAACCAUCACGCCACCAAGGCUUUCGGACCUUCGGAAUUCCCCGGCCGUCGGCGGCCCCCCACCUUCAGACGUUCGACCCGUGUUUUUACAGGGACCUCAUGGUUGUUCACAGGCUCAGUGUUGCUCAGAUCUGGCUUAUGUGGAACCUCCUGCACGACCCCAAACUGAGCUGCCACAACAGGACCAGCCCGACAUCCUGGCCCUUUAAGUGGAAGGAUAAGAUGGGAGAAGAGACGGAUUAUGGCGAGAAGCAGGUGUUUGUCACGCAUUAGUGACUCCCCACAGGGCCCAGUGGGAUCUGCGAGAGCCCUAGCGAGGACAUAAUGGUUAUUAAGCAGGAUCUGUGGCCAACUUGAAGGGCUUGCGAUGUGUUCAAAAGCACAGUCGAGUCAUAUGAGACUUUUUUUUUUCCAAGCUGGCAGAUCAUCUCUGAGGGAAAUGAAUUGGCAAAGGCCUAAUGUGCUUCAGAUUUUUCGGUAAGGAAGCCCAGAGAGAAUUUAGGGUGUAGCCAUCCAAGACUGUCUGUGUGUUCAUACAGUGUUCGUGAACAACCAUGCAGCAAGACUUUGAUUUCCAAAGAAGAUAAAAAGAAGACAUUUGAAUGUGUAAUCUUCAGAAUGUAUUGUGUUUUAAUUGUUUACACAAAGAAACCGAAAGAUCUACAAGGACAACAUGACAAACGACAAAUGUGUUUGCUUCAGAGUUACUUUAUAAGGAAGUUCUCUUUUUUUAUAUAUAUAUAUAUAAAAGCAGAUUUUCUUAUAAAAGCAGAUAUGGCACACAGCACAUUCAAUAUACAUGUAGUUUUUAAUUGAAUUUGGCCAAAGAAUAUUCAACAAAAUAGCGACUAAUACGAGUAACCACAAGGCAACGACAGAAAAAUGUCUUUCAUGUACAAAGGUGAAGCACCUGACAGUGCCCAUGCAGCCACAAUUAAUAACAACACAUUCAAAAUGCGACUACAAAAAGAAGUGCAAUUAUUCCACUGUGGAUUGGUUAUAAUGUUUUGGAUGAAAUUGCUAUCCCGAUGUCAGAGAUGCAGCGACGGUGCCCUUGCAAAAUAGACCACAGAGAUGGCAGGAGGGGGGGGAUGCCUGACAUCCGGCGAAUCUUCUACCAUUAAUGCAAAUAAUUCAGCAUCUUGUAUUUCGCCACUUAUCUGCUCUCUAAUCAUAUGUGCCAUAAUGUCUAGUAUUUCAUUCUGUCUCUCAUGAUGCGUGUUUUCUGUGCAACAGUUUUGUUUUGUUUUUUUUUCUCGAAAUUUGCCUAGGAUCUGUAAAAGUUCAAGGAAGAUUCCCUGGUUGACAGCCAUAUUGUUUUCUACGUCUCCUCCUCUGUGAAAGUUCCUGCUAUGCAGUGUGACGCAAUGACUCCACAAUACACUUUCUGUUCUCUCAGGCUACUUUCAAAUGUCCAUCACUCAGAGCAUUGCAUUAUUGUUGAGCUGGACUCUUUCUGAAUAGUCCACUCGUUCUACGCUGUCACUGCAUAUUUAUGCUCUGGGUGUCUCGAACGAACUUGGUACUUGUUGCAGUUGUGGUAGCCAUCAUGUGCAAAUGCCACCUUUUCUUUGUGGUUUCCUGGAUUUUGAAAGUGGCUGCAUGCGAAGCAGAAAGCACCCCCUUGGAAACAGAAUAUUCCAUCCAUUUGUAAUCCUCAUACCAUCUACGCUUGAAGUAGUGACCCUGUGGUCCGACUUUUGUAGCUGGAUAAUGCUGAAGAAGCUAACAGUGCAGCUAACGGUGGCUGUGGAGCAGCUAGCACCGAUAGACUGCUCUGGUGCUCCCUCAUAUUGUGGCUCACGAGUUUCUCUCUACGACUCAUCUUUCUAAUCCCCCCUCUUCUCCUUGGGCCCCCUCGGAGUCUGGGUCUGGAUCUCCACAGCGCUGUGGAGUAAGGUCUGGCUACACCCCAGAUACAUUGUAGGAUAGGAGAAAGAAAACACUCUGGGUUGUUUGCGUUUCUUUAAACCAGUCACAAUCGUCUUGGGCCGUACUAAGCUCCGGUCGCAGCGAUGCAAAAUGAUCUCGGGAGGGAACUUGUUCUGGUGGAACAUUUGCACCCCGCAAAAGAAAACGCCACAUGCAAUAUUUAAUGAAGUUAACGGUUCACACAUAACAGUAACGUGAGCUAUUUAAAUCAGCUGGAUACAUGGUUAAACGUCAUUUGCUCUUACCAGUGUAUCGUGUAUGUAUUCGUCCACAGCAAUCCCGAGAAUCGGUCCCCAAACGUCCCAGUUGGAGAGGAAAUGUCGUAAACAUAUUCUGUGUAAAUCUUUACAAUCAUUCCCCGAAAGAACCAUGCAGGCCUGCCCUAUUGCACAAUCCAAAUUUUCUUCAAAACUUGCCAUUCAUAGCGUGUGGAAGGUUGUUGUUGUUUCCCGUAGCGAAGGGAUUUUGAGAACGGCAACACACAGAGAGCGGAAGGAGAGGGACAAAACCUGACAUCCAGAUGUCAGGCUUUAUGCUGGAAAUGUACUUUCCGUUGAUCCAGACAAUGUGGCUGGUUCAUUAACUUAAAUAUUUCUGUAUUUAACCCUCCUGUUGUGGUCGGGUCAAAUUUGACUCAUUUUCAAAAAGUUUCUAUAUCAGAAAUUUGGGUUUCAUUCGACCAAAUCGUCAACAAAAAAAAUAUCAUACCAUAAAACGCUCUUCACUUUGGGUGUUUCAUUAAAUUUUUAUAGCAUUUGAAGAAAAAAAAUGAAUAAAAGAACAUUGAAAAAACCAACAAAAACAUUUUCAAAAGCGGAGAAAAAAAUCGACAAAAACAUUG